AUGAGUUCUUGGUGCCAUCGUAUUAAUCGCUUUAUAUCAUCGAUUAUUUUGCUUAUUGCCUCUCUACUUUUAAUAAUUCUCGGUUUCAUUAAUAUUUUGGACAAGGACGAAUUUGAUAAGACUUUUGUGCCAUACUGGAUGAUUAUUCUAGCCUGCCUUACAAUAUCCGAUCAGGUUAUUUUUUGGAAACUGGAAAUGGAUAAAGAUCAGAGAUCACUGGUGCUGCUAGCUUUUGGAGCUGUAAUGAGAGUUGGAUUAGUUUCUUUCACAAUUUGUUUAGUGACGGCCAAGUUGAUUGUAUUGAAUGCAAAAGGUGAUCUUCCAAAUGUUCCGGAAAUAUUUAAAUUCGGUUUUGCAUUAAGCCUAGUAAUCAUAAGUGUGUACAUUUGUAUUUUUACAAAAUGUUUGGUUAAAGUCUGCCUGGCACGAAUUAAAAUGUAUUUGGAGUUGGAUGUAAUUCAAGAGGUGCCAGAAGACUUCCCAGAUGCUCAAGUUUGA